AUGUAUAACCCCGGCACGAGUCCCAGUCUCAUUAAUGACGAGAUUCUCAGCAACCUUCCCCCCCAUUCUAAUCCUUUCGCCUUCAUGAAGGACGCCCUUUCAAAGAACUUGGCUUUGCCGUUAACCAGGGGUUUCGUGGUUACGCUUUUGGCGUUUUUCGUGUUCCAUGUUUUGAUUGCUGGAUUAUGCUUGUUAAUGUUAAUAUUGCCCAUCAUUUCCCGGUCGAAGCGGUCUCAGUGGCUGUGGAUGAAGUUAUUUGUCAAGGACAAGUCCGGGGAACUUAUUUAUAGGGCUCCCUUAUACUUCUUCAACAGCGGGGUUUUGGUAACAAUUUGCCAGCUGUGCAAUUCUGUCAUUUCUCAAGCAUUCAUAUGGUGUCAGAUCAAGCUCACAGGGCCAUUCGAUUACUACAGAUCCGACCAAAUGCUAGCUUUGCUGGGCGUUAUGUAUGUUUUUGAAUGUGUGGGGUAUUGCAGUUUGUCCCACUGUUUUUUUGUGACAGCUUACUAUGGUCGUAAAGUCCAUGGAAAUCCAUCAAGAAGAAGAAUCAGAUGCAUUUCACCUCCCAUACUAAUCAACAUGGUGUCUAUCUGCUUCCCACUCCUCACUAUCGCCACAAUCAUGGGUACCAUCAUCCGUCUGCUUCUUAUUCAUCGUGGUUUCGCCAAUAAGAUAACCAACCUUUUGGAAAAUCUAAGCCAAGCCUCUGGGAUAUGGGAACAAUUGCAUCACAAGUCGGUGUUUUUAUCUUCAGAGAAGACGAUGCUGCUCGCAAAUGGGAUGUCUUGGCACAACUCACAAAUAGAGGAGCUGGAAAUAGGGGCUCAUCAACAUCUGGACACUGUCAUUCGCUAUUUCCAAAUCUUCUCAUGCACGGUCUCGUCGUUCCUGUGUGUAUGCUGCCUGCUUUUCGUGUUUUCGUUUUGGAAACUACUGCGAACUAACCUACGAGAGGCAAAAAAACCAAAAAUCGUGCUCACUGUCGCCAUCAACUUGCCAGAUGAUGAGAACCAAUGCGAUGAAAAUAGCAGCCACUGCCAGACCACGAUGAGCAGCGUGAAUCACAUUCCCUCGAGUUUCGCCUUAUCAAAUCGCCAGCUUUCCUCUUUGACAAUCAGAUCACUGUUGAUGUUUUUAUCAAUGUUGAUUGCCAUCGGCUUAUUAUUGAUCUUGGCCAUCAAACCGACCAAUGUUCUCCUGAACCCUUACUGGCGAGGAUAUAUGACAUGGCUAUCAACCGCUGGAAACACAUUUUCUGCAAUUUGUAUUGUAUGGCAGUCUUGGAGGUUAUUUAUCGAUCAAUCCAAGACGAAUGGUGCAGAAUCACAAACUAUCCUUAUUUCAAAGGAUGACAUGAACUCGCGCAGUACACGGUCUGAAACGAUUCCCCUUCGUGAUCCCGAAAACAAAACCUAA